AUGCAGCUGUUAGGUUUCUCAGCUGUGAUCGUCUCAGCUGCUCUGCGGUUGACGUCGGCCGCCCAAGUGUCUAUCCAGGACAAAGGUAGGACCUUGGUUCUCAACAAUAUCUCGUAUUUUCUCCCCCCUGUCUCGGUUUCAGCGCUGCAGGACACGGUCGCCCUUCCUGCGGGCUCACCUGGAUCGUUGAUACCGUUCUCUGUGAUUACGACCUCGAACCCGGGCUUCGAUGAGGCCGCUUUACAGGACACGAUCGCAACAUGGUCGAUUAUGGAUGACGUUUGGAACAAUGCAUUCCUGACUGGUAAUCGUUCGCCUUCUGUCUCGCUUUCCGCUGCGCAAAAGAAGCUCGGCAUCGACGUCGUCCUUCUAUCCCCCAAAUACCGCGGUGGAGUCGCCUUGACCAAGACCCUUCCUAGCGGACCGUACUUCUUGGAGUCGUCCACGGGUAAUGUUUUCGAAGCCUUACGAUUAUACAACGACGAGCAGCAAUCGUUCCUCUAUGGCACUAUUCCCGACGCAAAAGGCGGUUUUCAGGUUCUAUCCGCCCGCGUCCCUGGAGCAGCAACCGAGACAAUCGGCGUCCCCUCGCGCCUGUAUUUCACCCCGACGGUCGAGAAGCCCUUCGCAGGCAAGCGGCUUGCCGUCAAAGACAUCUACGACGUCCAAGGGCUACAUACGGGCUGCGGAAACCGCGCCUUCUGGCAAUUCUACCCGCCCAAGAGCGCCACAGCGCCAGCAGUACAACGCCUCCUCGACGGGGGAAUGAUCCUCAUAGGCAAGACGAAGACCUCUCAAUUCGCCAAUGGGGAGCUCGCGACCGACGACUGGGUUGACUUGCAUGCACCCUACAACCCGCGUGGAGACGGGUACCAGGAUGGGAGUAGCUCUUCAACGGGCUCGGGCACCGCUAUCGCUGCGUACGCGUGGCUCGACUUUACUAUUGGCAGCGACACAGGAGGGUCUAUGAGAGGACCUGCGGGCGCCAACGGGGUAUUCGGCAACAGGCCUUCGCAUGGCGCUGUCUCGCUGGACAAUGUGAUGCCCCUCUCUCCUGAGCUCGACACCGGCGGUGUAUUCUCGCGUGACGCAAAACUCUGGGCUGAAGUCGGGCAUUGGUGGUAUCAGAACAGCACUUCGUUCUCCAAAUUCCCAAAGAAGAUCCUUUUUCCCACCGAUUUCUGGGGCACCAGUUUCCUGCAAAACCCGCCAGCAGGUAACAGCGUCUCCGGCACCUUCAACACCUUCAUCACGAAGCUCGAGAAAUUCCUCGAGACCAACCGUACCGAGAUCAGUUUCUCCUUGACAUGGAACGAGACAAAGCCUGCGACGGUCUCGGGCACCGUACAGCAACUGCUUACCACGACCUACGCAGACCUCAUCUCGCUCGACCAAAUCGCCCUUGUUGCAGAUCCAUUCAUCAAUGACUUCGGCGCUGCUAAUGGUGGGCGAGCGCCCUUCAUUGACCCCGCCCCACUUGCGCGAUGGAACUACGGACGUGCACUUCCGGCAGGGAGGAAGGAACAGGCCGCUGCAAACAGGACAAUCUUCAGGGACUGGGUCGCAAGCGAGGUCCUGAAGUCUGACCCGACGACGUGCUCAGAUUCUAUCCUAUUGUAUCCGCAGAGUCGCGGGGGCACCGAGUACAGGAAUGCUUACAUCAACCCUCCUAGCGCCCCUCUUGGCUUCAGCUCUGGCCGUCUCGCUGUGCAUGCCGAGCUUCCCGAUAUGGUGGUCCCAAUCGGUGAGGCUCCGUAUAACUCAACCGUCACGGGGAAGACCGAGUUUCUGCCCGUCACGAUCUCCUUUGUCGCUGCGAAGGGUUGUGAUCUGAUGCUCUUCAAUUUGUUUGCGGCUUUACAGGACGCGGGCAUAAUCAGACCAGUCGUUACCGGGUCCCGCAUGUUCUCAUAG